AUGGCACCCGACGCGGCUGCUGCCGCUGCAGCGGAUGCGCAAGCUCCAAAGAAAAAUGAGCAGAAGGAAAAAGCCAAGGCCGAUAAAGCAGCCAAAUUCGCCGCGAAGCAAGCCAAGCUGAAGGAGCAGCAGCAGCAGCAACCCGCUCCUAAAGCCGCUGCCCAGCCAGCUCCCAAGGCCCAGGCCCCCUCCCUUCCUCAGUAUGAGGACCAAACUCCCGCCGGCGAGAAGAAGGUUAUCCAAUCUUUCGAUCACCCGCAUUUCCAAGCCUACAAUCCCAAAGCCGUCGAGUCUGCGUGGUACGCAUGGUGGGAAAAGAGCGGCUUCUUCCAGCCGCAGCCACCUCGGUCCGAGAACGCUGGGCGGUUCGUUAUCCCUCUGCCGCCGCCGAAUGUCACAGGCGCACUCCACUGUGGUCAUGCCUUGGCCAACUCUCUCCAGGACACCUUGAUCAGAUGGUACCGCAUGAAGGGCUAUUCUGCUCUGUGGGUGCCGGGUUGUGACCAUGCCGGCAUCUCAACCCAGUCUGUGGUCGAGAAGAUGCUGUGGAAGAAGGAGAAGAAAACCCGCCUCGAGCUUGGCCGUGAGGCUUUCACGAAUCUCGUUUGGGAGUGGAAGGGUGAAUAUCAUCAGAGGAUUAAUAAUGCCCAGAGGCUGAUGGGAGGGUCGAUGGACUGGAGCCGCGAGGCCUUCACAAUGGACGAGAAUCUCACCGCCGCGACCAUGGAGACCUUCUGUCGCCUUCACGACGAAGGCUACAUCUACAGAUCCAGCCGCUUGGUUAACUGGUGCACUCACUUGAGAACCGCGCUCAGCUCGCUUGAGGUGGAGAAUAAGGAGAUCACAGGCCGCACCAUGCUCGAUGUGCCGGGCUAUGACCGAAAGGUCGAGUUCGGUGUCCUUACCUACUUCAAGUACCCCAUCGACGGCACCGACCUGACGAUUGAGGUCGCGACGACCCGUCCUGAGACCAUGCUGGGCGACAGUGGUAUUGCCGUCAGCCCCGGAGACCCACGUUACGCACAUCUCGUUGGCAAAUUUGCGCGCCAUCCCUUCACAGACCGCCUUAUGCCUAUCGUCGAAGAUAGCUACGUCGAUCCGGAAUUCGGUACCGGAGCCGUCAAGCUGACGCCCGCACAUGACUUUAACGACUACAAGCUCGGUGAACGGCACAAUCUCGAGUUCAUCAACAUCCUGAAUGAGGAUGGAACGCUCAACGAGAAUGCCGGCCCCAUGUUUCAAGGGCAGAAAAGAUUCCACGCCCGGUAUACUGUCGUCGAGGAGUUGACAAAGCGCGGCCUCUUUGUCAAGAAGGAGCCGAACGCAAUGACUAUUCCCUUGUGCGAGAAGUCAAAGGAUGUCAUUGAGCCGUAUAUGACGCCGCAGUGGUGGGUUCGCAUGGAUGAGAUGGCCGACGCAGCCCUGAAGGUCGUCGAGGAGGGCCAAAUCAAGAUUUCGCCCGAAAGUGCACGGAGAUCCUAUGUCAGAUGGUUAUCCAAUGUUAACGACUGGUGUAUCUCUCGACAGCUAUGGUGGGGCCACCGUAUUCCGGCCUAUCGUGUCAUUUUUGAGGGCGAAGAUGAUCGCGAGACCGAUAAGUCUGUCUGGGUUGUUGGAAGGACUCAGGAAGAGGCGCUCUCCAAGGCGGAGGCGAAGUAUUCGCCCAAGAAGUUCCGCCUAGAGCAGGAUCCUGACUGUCUCGACACCUGGUUCAGCUCGGGACUGUGGCCCAUGUCUAUCCUUGGCUGGCCCAAUACCGAGAGCAGCGACUUUAAGAACUUCUUCCCGACGAGCAUGUUGGAGACUGGAUGGGAUAUUCUCUUCUUUUGGGUCAGCCGGAUGAUCAUGCUUAGUCUCAAGCUAACCGGCAAGGUCCCUUUCACGGAGGUCUAUUGUCACAGUCUUAUCCGAGACUCUGAGGGCAGAAAGAUGAGCAAAUCGCUCGGUAACGUCAUUGAUCCCCUCGACAUUAUCAAUGGAAUCGAGCUCGAGGCACUCCACGCCAAGCUUCUCACUGGCAACCUGAAGGAAGAUGAGGUUGAGCGCGCUACCAAGUACCAGAAGACGGCAUUCCCCGGCGGUAUUCCUGAGUGCGGAGCAGACGCCCUCCGGUUCACCCUGUUGUCCUACACCACGGGAGGUGGCGACAUCAACUUUGACAUCAAGGUGAUGCACGCUUACCGGCGGUUCUGCAACAAGGUGUGGCAAGCGAGCAAGUAUGUCUUGGGUAAACUGCCUCGGGAUUUCGUCCCGAAUCCCAAGCUCAACACAUCGGCUCUCUCCUUGCCGGAGCGGUGGAUCCUGCAUCGUAUGAACGCUGCGGUCAAGGGCAUCAACGAAGCACUUGAAGCCCGCCAGUUCUCCACCAGUACCAAGCUUGCGUAUCAAUUCUUCUACGACGAACUCUGUGACGUCUUCAUCGAGAACAGCAAGGGCAUCCUGAGCGAUGGUUCUCCUGAGGAACAGCAGAGCGUUCAGCAGACCCUAUACCGGACACUCGAUGUCGCAUUGCGUCUCAUGCACCCCUUCAUGCCCUUCAUCACGGAGGAGCUCUGGCAGCGGCUGCCACGCACCGCGGAGGCCGUGGCACCAUCCAUCAUGCUUGCGCCGUACCCCGAGCCAGACAGCACUCUUGACUUCCCCUCGGACGCCGAGGACUACGAAGUUGGACUCCGGUGUGCAGGCGGUAUUCGUUCUCUCUCUGCCGACUACAACAUUCGCUCAGAUGGACGCGCAUUCAUCAAGGCGUCUUCAGCUGCUAGCCUGGAGAAGGUCAGCUCACAGCUCCAAUCUAUCAAGACACUGUCUGGGAAGAGCAUCGCAGAGGUUAGUAUCCUCGGCCCAGACGCCGACGAUGCUGCAAUUCCCAAGGGCUGUGCUGUUUAUGUCGUCUCUGCCGACGUGGCUGUCUUGCUGCAAGUCAGUGAGCAGAUCAAGGAUCUCGACGCCGAGAUCAAGAAGAUCACGACGAAGCUGCAGAAGACGAGCGUUGCGAUCACAAAGCAGCAGGAGCUGAUGGGACGCGAGGGCUUUGAGAAGGUGAGCGAUGUGGUUCUGACGGCGGAGAAGAAGAAGCUGGCCGAUGCCCAGGCAGCCAAGGAGAAUUACGAGAGAACUUUGCAGGAGUUUAGCAAGCUGAAGCUCGCGAAUAGCGCAUAG